AUGUCUAACAAAAAACGGAAAAUCGACUCAGAAUGUCAUGUUUUUAAAAAUCAGUGGGAAGACGAUUACUUUUGUAUAGAAUGGCAAAAUAAAGCCAAAGAAAGUCAAUCGUUUUCUGAUGGAGAAUUUGUGAAGAAGUGUAUGUUACAUGUUAUUGAUGAAAUAUGUUCUGAGAAUAAAUGUUUGUUUGAACAAGUUAGUUUGUCACGCCAAACAAUUACUAGAAGAAUAGAAGAUCUUGGACUUAAUCUUUUUGAACAAAUGCAAGACAGAGUAAAACAUUUUCAAUAUUUUUCAAUAGCAUUAGAUGAGAGUACAGAUAUGGUAGAUACGGCACAACUUCUAAUUUUUAUACGAGGUGUGAAUGCAAAUAUUGAAAUAACAGAAGAGUUAGGAGCGUUGGAGAGUCUUGAUUUUGAAAAUCUUGUUAGUAUUACUACAGAUGGUGCAAAAAGUAUGAUAGGCUCUAAAAGUGGACUAAUCGGAAGAAUAAACUCAAAAAUGUCUGAACUAAAUCUAUCUCCACCAAUUGGAAUUCAUUGCAUUGUUCACCAACAAGCACUAUGUGGGAAAGUUUUAGAUUUAGAAAAUGUUAUGUAUAUUGUAGUACAAAUUAUUAAUUUUAUAAGAUCACAUGGAUUGAAUCAUCGCCAAUUUCAAAAUUUUCUUUCAGAAAUAGAGUCUGAGUAUAAUGAUGUUUUAUAUCACAGUAAUGUACGUAGAGGAAAAAUUUUGAAAAGAUUUUUUUUCCUGCGCCAUGAAAUCGAAAUUUUUUUAAUUGAAAAAAAUAAACAAUAUACACAAUUAAAUGAUGGUGAAUGGCUAUGGGAUUUAGCAAUAUUAACAGAUAUAACACAUCAUCUGAACUUGUUAAAUCUAAAGCUACAAGGAAAAGAAAAACUCGUAAGUACAUUGUUCGGUUCAGUAAAAGCUUUCCAAAAUAAAUUAUCUUUAUUUCUAAAUCAAAUUGAAGAAUUAAAUUUCUCCCAUUUUGAAAGUUGUGCUACUUUAAAAACAGAAAAUUGUGGUAUAUUUCCAAAACAAAGGUGCAUCAAAAUUAUUAACACACUUAUUCAUGAAUUUGAAAAUCGUUUUAAAGACAUUCGAACUAAAGAACCAAUUAUAAAUCUAUUUGAAAAUCCAUUUAAUAUAAAUACGGAAAUUGUCGAAGCUUCUUUAGAAUUAGAAAUUAUAGAACUCCAAUCUCAUAAUUCUUUAAGAACAACAUUUAAUAAUUUAACAAGCUCUCAAAAUCUUGUUCAGUUUUAUUCAAAUUUGUCUGAAGAAGAUUUUCCAAAUGUUCGGAAGUUUGCUGCUAAAAUGUCUUGUAUAUUUGGUUCAACAUAUAUUUGUGAGCAAGUAUUUUCAGCGAUGAAAAUUAACAAAAGUAAAACUCGAUCUCGCAUCACAAAUGAACAUCUACACGCCGUUCUCCGGGUAAAUUCUACCAAAUUAGAACCUAAUAUUAAUGUCCUCUGUCAACAGAAACAAGUUCAUAGUUCUCAUUAA